AUGGAACCAAACUGUGAUUCGAUUUUCGCUCCUGCGAUUCCCACUGAAAUUCUAGGAAUCAAGAUCUUGAAACAACCUUCGGAUGCCAAGCUUACUGAACUCGGGGUUGCCUCUUGGCCAAUAUGGGAAAGCAUUCCACGCAAAUUUCCAUGGAAGUUUAAGAAGACAGAGACGAUGUACUUCGUGGAGGGGAAGUUGAAAGUGAAGGUAGAGGAAGAAGAAGCAGCUGUAGAAAUAAUGGCAGGGAAUUUGGUUGUGUUUCCUAAAGACAUGAAAGUUUUUGUGGAUGUAACUGAAGCUGUGAAGAAACGUUAUUAUAGAGAAUCAGAGAUGUUGGAAUCUGAACGGCCUCCAAAAGCAUAA